AUGGCAACCUCCCUCCCGCCCCUGGCCCCCUUCCCCACGCCAUCGUGGCGCGCAAAACUCACUUCUCAAGAUUGGGAAGCCCUCCUCGAAGCCUGGACGGCCCUCACGCAAGCCUACCUCGCCCUCUCAGAUAAAGACCUCUCCCGCGCCGCCGUGAAAGAAGACGCCUCCAUCCCAGCCUUCCUCUCCUCCUUUACAACACAAGUCGCCGAAGCAGGACCCUCACCCAUCCUAGGACGCUCCUCCACGACAUCAAAGGCCCUACUCAGGUCGUCAUUCACACUCACAUCCCGCCUCCUCACAAACCCAACAACACCACCCCCAACACCCCUAACCACAGCCCCCUUCCUCUGCGCCUUUUCAAAACUCUACCGCAAAAACGCGCCCACCACCCUCUCAAAAGCCUUCCACCUCCACGCCAGCGCCCUCGAGCACCCCCUAGCAGGCCUCAAAAAGUCACUCGCGCAAUCCAUGGAAGCAGGUCUCAAAGCAGACCUCAAAUCCCUCGAGGCCCGCCUCGCGAACCUGAACCAUCUACUCCACGCCUCCCCACACGCCGCAUCCUUCUUCCUCGCCGGCUCAGACUUCUUCGACGGCCUGGUCACGGCCUUCAAGAUUACGAACCCGCCGCUGCGCAAGGUCCUCGUCGCGACGAUGUACCUCUGCCUGGUAGGCCUGACGGAUGGCGAGCAGCCUCGCUUCGGGAUGCUGGCUGACGUGUUAUUCUCCCUAAAAUCCACUGCCGAGACGCAUAGGGUUGGCCCGUUGAACGUGAACGAUUCCCUCGUGGCUGAGCUCGUCACCGUCACGCCGGUGCUGAAGCAGCUGUCCAAGAGGGCCGAGGAGAAGGGCGCGGCGUCGACGGCGUUGAAGUCACGGAUUUCAGCGCUGGAGGGAUUCAAGAAGCCUGGUGGCGGAAUGAUGCGGCCAAAGAGGCUCGUGAAGAGGAAGGUCGACAAGGGCAAGGGCAAAGAUGUCGCGGAAGAGGGACAGGUUCAGGCGGAGUUGCACAUGCACCGGCAGAGUCAGAUAUCACUCAUUCAAGAUCUGUUUCCGGAUCUGGGGUCAGGGUUCAUCUCGAAGCUGUUUGAUGAAUACGGUGAUAAUACGGAGAUUGUUACGGCUCAUUUACUAGAGGAUUCAUUGCCUCCGCACCUUGCGGCGAUGGACCGCUCUGCUCCGUUAUCCCCCACGUUUGAAAGAAGGAAAAGCCAGCUUGAACCUAGACCAACGCCGCCGCAGUUACCUGAACGCCACAAUGUGUUUGACGACGAUGAACUCGACAGACUGGAGCUGGACGUUUCCAAGCUCCACUUUGGAAAGAAGGGACCCGAAAAGACUGCCGACGACGUGCUCAAGGACAGAUCGACUGCACCAAACAGGGCAGCCAUCUUAUCAGCACUCGCCGCAUUCGACUCCGAUGACGACGAACGUGACGACACCUACGACGCAGACGAUGUUGGAGGCACGGUCGACAACGCCAAUGAAGAGGCCGACGGCCAGAAGGAUGCUAGCGAAGAAACACUGUACAAAGCCUUCCAAGCCGACCCCAGUGUAUUUGACAGGCAGGCUACGACAAGGAGGGGCCAGGCGAGAGGAAAGUUGAGAGAAGAGACUGGCAUGACGGAUGAGGCCAUUGAGGGUUGGGCACUGAUGCUGGUGAGGAAUCCGGGUCAAAAGCGACGUCUCGAGGCCAAGUACAGCGGCGCCGCUGCAUUCACCGGUACUCAGACCGAGAUUCUGUCAACGGCAUGGCGAGCUAGUCCGGCUGGCUCUGGCGCAGAGGACUCUGAAAAUGGUGGUGGCAGCUACUCACGGGGCGGCGGAGGCGGCCGUGGACGAGGAGGUCGCGGCCGUGGUGGAAGAGGAGGCGGAGGCCGUGGAGGCGGUAAUGUGGCCGGUCCUACUGGCGAAAAGGAGACCGAGGCUGCGCGGAGGAGAAAGGAAGCCAGCAAGAGCUCUCGGGCAAACCACAAUCGCCGCGAUCAAAGAGCAAAGAAGAUGGCGAGAGGCGGAUUCCCUGGCUGA